AUGUCGUCCGCCGGCGAUCCAUCAAUGUCCGCCUCCACCAUCGUCGCGGACACGGCGAGCGGCUGCCACAUACUAAAAAUCGAUGGUUACUCGCACACCAAGGGGACUCCCACCGGGGAGGCCAUCAAAUCCGGCAAGUUCACCGUGGGCGGCCAUCGCUGGUUCAUCAAUUAUUACCCCAACGGCAUCAACUCCGACGCCGCGGAUCACGUAUCCUUUUACCUCCUACUCGACGAAGUCAAGGUGCAGCUCUGUGUUAAUUUCGCCAGCCUCCUUACUAGGAAACGGCCGAUCACACCGGCCGAUCCUGUGUGGAGUUUCACACCAGGAAACAAUUGGGGGUAUACAAAGUUCGUCAAGAGGGAAGACCUGGAGAGAUCAGAGCACCUGACCAACGACGCUUUCACAGUCAGGUGUGACGUGGUCGUCAUCAACGAGAUCCGCACCGAGGACGCACCCACCGUCCGCAACCCGUUUGUCACCGCCGUGCCACAAUCCAACCUGAUCCAGCACCUUGCCGACUUACUCAGGAGCGAGAAGGGCGCCGAUGUGGUGUUUGAGGUCGGCGGCGACACUUUCUCCGCGCAUCGGUGCGUUCUCGCCGCCCGGUCACCGGUCUUCAAUGCAGAGCUCUUCGGUGCAAUGAAGAAGGGUGGCAGCGGCAGCAUCGUGCGUGUUGCCGACAUGGAGGCGCGGGUGUUCAAGGCGCUGCUCUCUUUCGUGUACACCGACUCCUUGCCGGAGACAGAGGAUGAAGAGGACCAAGGCACCAUGUUCCAGCAUGUACUUGUCGCGGCUGACAGGUACGACUUUGGGCGGCUCAAGCUGAUUUGCGAGGAAAAGCUGUGCGCGCAUAUUGAUGUGUUCACGGCGGCGACCAUUCUAGCGAUCGCGGAGCAGCACCGCUGCCAUGGGCUGAAGAAAUCUUGCAUUGAGUUCCUCAGCACCCCCGCACAUAUGCUGGCAGCUGAUCAGGAUGUGCGUGGCGCCUGUCAAGACCUCCCUCGCCAGUCGUAA